UCAUCCCCAAAGCACAGGCAAACGGUGAGCGAUCGAUCCCACCUCCAGCCGGCCAAGCCAACCCUACCUGGGCCGACCUGUCCCCACCUGAGCCAGUGCCAAGCCGGCAGUAUGUGCCCCUAACGCUGCAGCGGAGGAUCUCCCGGGGGGCCGGCAACCUGACUGCCAAUGAGUCGCAACGUUCCGGAGCUGUGACCCAGAGGGGUUGGAUCCCCUGGGGUAGAUGUGCGAUCCCCCCACUGAUGGCUCCGGCGGGGACUGUGGGAGAUGAGGGGCGGUGCAUUGGGUGCAUAGGCAGAGGCUGGCAGGGGUGCCCGACAGCUGCAAUGCCAUGGGCAAGGUGGGCAUCGCUGCUCCUCUUUGUGGCUGUGAUGGCAGCUCUGCAGAUGCCCGUACGGGCCAUGGAAGGCUGCUGAAUAUGUUCCGGAAAAAGGUGAAGAAAGCGGAAAAGAAAUUGGAAGACAAUCCGUAUGACCUUGAUGCAUGGAGCAUUCUCAUUCGCGAGGCACAGAAUCAGCCUAUAGACAAAGCACGGAAGACAUAUGAGCGACUUGUUGCCCAGUUCCCGAGCUCUGGCAGAUUCUGGAAACUUUACGUUGAAGCAGAGGUAAAAGCUAAAAAUGAUGACAAAGUUGAAAAGGUGAGUGUCCAGAGAACCUACUGCCUCGUACAUGUAUUUAUACAAUAAUACGGUCCAUCCAGUAAAACUGCCCAUAAA